AUGACUCCAACCGAAGAUAAUUACAUGGUCAAGCAAGACCCCGACCCAACCCCGACUGCUCAUUGGCCUUGCAACAGCUAUUUCGAACAAGCGAAGCCGGGGAGCAAGACAAGUAAGGGAGAGUUACCUUCUCCCAGAGCGAACGGACAAGACCAUCCCCACGAAAUCUACUUUCUAGAAAUAGCCCAGAGCUCAAAGAUCACGAACAGGGCCUUUUUCGACCACAAUGGACGGAUUCUCCGCAGUGUGGACGGCGGAAAGAAUGUCACUGCACUAGUAUCUGGUCUUAAAAGUCCCGAUGGUCUUGACGUAUCGAAGUCCACCGGCCGCAUGUUUUGGACGAGUAUGGGACUUGGUACAUCUAACCAAGACGGCUCGGUACUGUCUGCAAAUCUCGAUGGCAGCGAUAUAAGAAUUGUCAUUCCCGAGGGUGCCGUGCACACGCCCAAACAACUAGCUGUCGACGAUCAGAACAGGAAACUCUACUUUUGCGAUCGUGAGGGCAUGAGUGUUCACCAUUGUGAUUUCAACGGCCACGACCACGAGAUCCUAGUUCUCCGCGGAGAUUGCAAAAGUGGUGAUAAGGAAGAUCAAAUGCGGUGGUGCCUCUUCUGGACACAGAAAGGGACGAAUAGAGGACACAAAGGGCGCAUUUUCCGUGCGAAUAUCAAUAUCCCAUCUGGGGAAAAUGCUUUCUCUCGAUCAGAUAUUGAGACGUUGUUCGUGGGUCUCCCCGAGCCCAUUGACCUGGACUUCGUGUCUGAGACGCAGACACUUUACUGGACCGAUCGUGGGGAAGACCCGCAUGGUAAUACACUGAAUAAGGCGAGAGUCGCAGGCGAGGACCCUCAAGUACAUAUCAUGGCACGGCAGCUACAUCAGCCUAUUGGAUUAAAGGUUGAUUCAAUCAACCAGUAUGUCCAUGUCACUGACUUGGGCGGUAGUGUGUAUCGAGUCAGUGUGAAUGCGGGUGGCAAGGAGGUUAUACAUCGUGGGGAUGGGUUUUACACUGGCAUCACUUUUGUGUAA